AUGGCGCCCUUCAACACCAUGCUCGCAUAUCUUCUCAUGGUCGUGGCCCCUUUGGCGGGGGCUAUGCCUUUCCACAACCGCCACUCGCUGAGCCCUCAGACACACACCCAUACCGCUCUGAACCUGACCCAUCUCAUGAGCGUCGUCGUCAACCCUCACGCCAAGAACAUCAUCCCUGGCCGCUACAUUGUCGUCUACAACAACACCUUCGGCGAUGAGGCCAUCUCCGCCAAGCAAGCUCAGUUUGCUACCGCCAUCGCCAAGCGCAACCUCGGAAAGCGUGACGGUCUCGGCAACCUGCUGUCCACCGAGAUCCACUCCUUCAAGAUGCACACCUGGCGCGCCAUGGCCCUCGAUGCCGACAACGACAUGAUCAAGAGCAUCUUCGACUCUGACGAGGUUGCUUACAUCGAGGCCGACACCAAGGUCCAGAACGCCGCCCUCGUUGCCCAGACCAAUGCCACCCCCGGCCUGAUUCGUCUCUCCAAUAAGGAUGUUGGUGGUCAGAACUACAUCUUCGACACCUCUGCUGCUUCUGGCAUGACUGCUUACGUUGUCGACACCGGCAUCCGCAUUACCCACACCGAGUUCGAGGGUCGUGCCACCUUUGGAGCCAACUUUAUCAACACCAACGACACCGAUGAGAACGGUCACGGCACCCACGUCGCCGGUACCAUUGGUGGUGCUACCUUUGGCGUUGCCAAGAGCAUCAAGCUUGUUGCCGUCAAGGUUCUCGACGCCAGCGGCUCUGGCAGCAACUCUGGUGUUUUGAACGGCAUGCAGUUCGUCAUCAACGACGUCCAGGCCAAGAAGCUCGCCGGCAAGGUUGUUAUGAACAUGUCUCUCGGCGGCUCCUUCUCCGCUGCUGUCAACAACGCCAUUACUGCUCUGGCUAACGCCGGUAUUGUCCCCGUUGUCGCUGCCGGUAAUGAGAACCAAGAUACUGCCAACACCUCUCCCGGCUCUGCCCCUCAGGCCAUCACCGUCGGUGCCAUUGACGCCACGAAUGAUGUCCGUGCCAGCUUCUCCAACUUUGGUGCUGGUGUUGACAUCUACGCCCCCGGCGUUAAUGUUCUCAGCGCUGGCAUCAAGUCUGAUAUCGACACUGCCACCCUCAGCGGUACCUCCAUGGCUACUCCUCAUGUUGCCGGUCUUGCCGCCUACCUGAUGGCUCUCGAGAACGUCAGCACCCUCGACGGUAUCACCAGCCUUAUCAAGAACCUCGCCGCCAAGACUGGUGCCACUGUCCAGCAGAACGUUGCUGGUACCACCGACCUCAUUGCCAACAACGCCAACCUCUAA